AUGAUACAUGUUCAAUAUCACCUACUUUAUUCACUAGCACCGCCAGCGGGAUCACCUCCUGAAGUAUCGUCCGUGGCAAGUCGUAGCGUCACCCUGACGUGGACCAAACCUGUCACUAAAUGCGAGGUCGUCAACUACACAGUUGUGUACGGCGGUCAGGUCAUGUGGGGAAACCACGCAACCUUGGAGGUUAAUUCUGCAUAUUCCGAGACUACGACGAUAAAUAUCGCUGGUUUGACGCCGUACAGCAACUACUCCUUCUCUGUUGUGGCAGCGACUGCAGCUGGGAAGGGGGAGCCUUCACUGCCAACCUAUUGUGUAACGCUGGAAGAUGCUCCUAGUGCACCACAAAAUUUACUCUUGGAGGCCCGGAGUGACGCCCUCGUCGUGCAGUGGGACGCGCCUGCGGAGCUCAACGGCGUCGUGGUCUCCUACCUCGUCAGCAGCAGUCACGGUGGCGAGGUUGUCACCAACCAAACUCUUGCAGCUCCACCUGAACAAACGCGCUUCACCUUCACCGUUGACGGCCUAACUGCUGCCACCGACUACAACAUAACCGUGCUGGCAGUUACGACUCGAAGAGGUGAAGAAUUGGUGCAGCAGUUCGGCACUUCUUCAGGAAAGGAGGCAGGAGUUGUCGUGUACAUCGUCAUUGGCGUCCUGCUGGGAGUAGGGCUGCUUGUAGGACUCGUGGUUUUCAUCUACAAACGCGACGUGAUCUGCAAAAAGUUCCAAUCACCGACAUCCGGUUUCCGAGAAACUUCCACUGAACAAAAUGAACUUGCAGCAGGACUACUGCAAACAAUUAAGCAGCCGUUGAAAGAUCCUCGUGAGCUGACGACAGCCUUCGCCGCUCUGAGGUCGAGAAGCAGAGUCGCUCCCACGGACGAGGCUGCCAGCCGUCCUAAUAUCGCUAAAAAUCGCUACCAGGACAUACUACCUUUUAACGACACACGAGUCAAACUACGCGGCGAGUGGAGCACCGACUACAUCAACGCCAGCUAUGUUAAGGACGCCGUCGGCAGCGUUCGCUUCAUCGCGUGUCAGGGACCGAAGCCUGGGACUGUGCCGGACUUCUGGCACAUGGUCUGGCAGGAAAAAGUCCAAUUUAUUGUCAUGUUAACGAACUGCUACGAGAAAGGAAAGGAAAAAUGUUGCAUGUACUGGUCUGAGACGAGGAAGUCAACGUUCCUGGCUGAUCAAUAUGUCAUGACUCUCAUGGAUGAAGAUCAAGGACCUGACUGGAAUGAGCGCAGGAUCCUCCUGCAAAAUGACCCCAGCCCUGCCAGAGAGGUCGUGCAGCUGCACUUCACGUCGUGGCCCGACUUCAACGUGCCGGCGUCCGAGGCCGCUUUGCUGAGGCUCAUCAGCAGCGUCAGGACGCAUGACCGGGGAGACGGAGUCUCUUGCUCCCAUCCUCGUGCACUGCAG